AAAAGUCGGUUUGCUAACAUUUGCUGACUCCCUUCGUUUUGUUGUCCAUUCCUUGGAGCAUGUUUUUUUCUCCUGUUUAGUUUGGGGGAGGGAAACAACGACUGGUAAACUGGCACGCUGUUGCUUUUAUAGUCACCGUCGGAGAGACUGUUUUUGUUGUUGUUGUUGUUGUCGUCGUGGUUGUCGUCUGUGACGUCAGGACAAGGCCGCUGGGUCAGCGUCGUUUAGCCCAACGGGCAACAGAUACAGACACAUACCGCGUUUGGGGCGGCUCUUAUCAGCAUCAUUCAAUCGGAACAACACACGGAACGGCAGAGCACACCUCAGAAAGUGGUCGUCGUAGUCGGUAACUAAAUACGGAAAUAAAUACAAAAUAAAACCCGUAAAGAAGCCGUGAAAUUUGUGUUACUAAUUGAAAAUAUGUUGCCUCUGUUAAUGGUGACACAAUUGUGGCUGUUGAGUGUGGUUAACCUAAGCCAGGUUAACGCCCAUUAUACCAGCGGGGAUGUUGUUUAUCACACAUUGCCGCACUUUUGGACGGGCGUCGGCUUUUGUCCAGCUGGUGAGAUUACCCACAAAGGCAUCUCUGCGUCCCUGGAAUCGCCUGCCGUGCAGAUGAAUUUACGCCAAAUUGCCGCCUUACCGGUUGGUGCAGUCACUCACAUGCGCAUCCAUUGGCUCUUGGAGCUGGUACAGUUCUUGGAAUACGAUCCCAAUGGGCUGCCUCGCUAUAAUUUCGAGAAAUUUGAUAAUUUUGUGGAUUUCCUACACGAUGAACUGAAUAUGUCGCCGGUAUUGGAAUUUAUGGCCAAUCCUGGCGAUGUUUUUACGGCCAAUCCGGAAAGGAAUUCAUUUCUAUGGGAGCAUUUUGUCAAGUCAACACUGAAGCAACAGAUAGCUCGACAUGGCUCUGCCCGUCUGACGAAUUGGCGCUACGAGACUUGGAAUGAACCGGAUUUGCUUGGCUACAACAAACUCAACUUCACCACCCGUCAUUAUCUGGAGUAUGUGCAGGCCGUGCGUCGUGGCUUGAGCAAGGCUGGCUAUGGCAGCCGCCGCAAAGUGCAUCAACAACCUAUGUAUAGAGCCCUGCGUGGUCCUGCUGGACUCUUCAAGGCUCAUAAUCGUCAUCCGCGCUGCUGGCAAUUGUUGGAAAUGUGUAAUCAGGAUUUAGUUCAGUGUCCCAUCGAUAUACUCACAUAUCAUCGCAAAGGUCUUACUGGAACCGCUGAGGACAUAUUGAAUGGAUCACUGGCAUUGUUGUCACAAAUCUAUGAGGAUUAUCCCAAGUUAGAGGAACUUCCCGUGGCUAAUGACGAGGCUGAUCCCAUAGCUGAUUGGAGGCUGCCGCAUGAUUUCCAAGCAGAUGUUCGCUAUGGCAUCACUCUCAUAUCCACAGUGAUGCAACAUUGGCAUGCCAAAUUGGCCAAUGGUCCGUUGGCUCAAUUGGAAUCCAUUAGCCAUGACAAUGCCUUCCUUAGUUAUCAUCCUUACGAAUUUACUCAAAGAACCCUUUUGGCCCACUUUCGCAUGAAUGAAACGCAUCCACCUCACUCCCAGUUCAUACAAAAGCCAGUCUAUGCAGCUCUCGGCAUGUUGGCCAAAUUGGGCACUCGUGCCAGUGACAUGGAAUUGGUGAAUAUGGAUACCAAACAUAGUGUACAAGUUUUGCGAAGUAUUUCUGGUGGCGUUGGUGGCCAGGGUCAGUAUGUGGCCACCAUUUUUCUUAGUCCCGAGGAGGCCGGGCCUCAGUUUACUGUCUAUCAUCACAAAUACACUCUGAACAUGUCCAUAGCCAAUGAGUCGGCAUUUAUUACAGAGCUGCUAGUGCCCCAGUCCACAGAUCCCUACUACGUCUGGCAACAAUCCGGCAGUCCAGCGUAUCCCAAUGCCAGUUUGCGAGAAGCCAUGCGCCGUGUGCAGACUCCGAGAUUAUUCAAAACUGGUCCCAUUUGGCAAUACAAUAGUGAACUGGUGGUAAACUCAGCCAGUAUACCAUUGCCAUGGGCCAUGCUGUUGCGUGUGUGCUCGGCCUCGUGGCCCAAAUUGAAGAGGCCACAGCAAUUGGCCAUUGGUGAGGUAACCAAAGGUGAGGUCUUCAUUAGUUGGAAUGAACAUCCAAAGUCCACACAAUGUCUGAAGAGCUACGAGGUAUGGUUUAAGGAGAGGAAUAGCAUGGGCGCAGUCACAGGAACUGAUUGGUUAUUAAUAUCUGAGGGUUGGCAUUUGCCAUAUCCAUCUUUUCAGUAUGCCCCCGGGACCAAUGGCAGCGUAAAUGGGUUCUAUAAAGUGCGCGGCGUUGAUGUCUUCAAUGUCACCAGUCCCUAUUCCCAGAUCGUUGAAUAUCUUGAGUUAUAA